AUGCUGCCAGAAAUCACUUGGUUUCUCAGAGGGAUGGUGCUGGGCUGCUGUGUCUUUUCUUUGAUCACCAUGUUCGGGUCCAUCAGGCAAGGCCAUGAAAAGCAAAGGACCCACCAUGAGCAUCACCACCUACAAGCACCAGGCCAAGAGCUCAGACACCUGGCAUGGGAAGCCAAUGCCAACCUCCAGUCCAGUACUUCAGUCUACUGCAUGGUUCUGGUAAGUCCUCAAGAUCUGCUGCUCUGGGCUGCAGUGAAGGACUCGUGGAUCACACACUGUGAUAAGGCAGAAUUCUUCAGUUCCGAAGACGUAAAAGAGUUGGAGUCGGUGAACGUGAAUGUGAGUGAACCUUGGUUAGUGAUGAAGGCUGCCUACAAGUACGCCUUCGAUCAUCACCAAGAAGACUACAAUUGGUUCUUCCUGAUACUCCCUGAUACUUUCGCUGUGAUUGAAAACCUAAAGUAUUUUUUGUUAACAAAGGAUCCUGCACAACCUUUCUAUCUGGGCCAUGCUAUAAAAUCUGGAGAGCUUGAGUAUAUAAGCGUGAACGGAGGAAUUCUCUUAAGUCGAGAAGCAGUGAGAAGACUCAAUAGCCUUCUGAUAGACCCUGAAAAGUGUCCUAAAAGAAGAGGACUUUUUGGGUCCUUACCUGGAGAUAUGCAGCUGGCUUUCUGCCUGAAAUAUACUGGAGUAUUAGCAGAAAAUGCAGAAGAUUCUAAAGGAAAGGAUGUUUUUAAUACCAAAAGUGUAAGGCUGCUUAUUCAAGAGGCAAUGCCGCAUCAUGGCAACAAGGUAAUUGAAGGAUGCUGUUCAGAUAUGGCUGUGACUUUCAGUGGACUGUCUCCUAACCAAAUGCAUGUGAUGAUGUAUGGAGUAUAUCGGCUCAGGGCAUUUGGGCAUGUUUUCAAGGAUGAGUUGCUUUUCUUACCUCCAAAUGGUUCUAACAGUGACUGA